AUGAACCAUGGACUGAAACGCGGGACGCAACAUCUCUCCAAGCAAUGUUGUCAACCACGCUUCUUGCGAGCGCGAUCACGACGCUACAUCUCAGACAUAGUCAAGAAAGAAUGGUCGACACCGCUUGCCAAAAUACUUGCUGAUGCGAUCCGAACAACGGGCCCAAUCUCCAUAGCGGCGUACAUGCGACAAGUCCUCACCAAUCCAGAUGCAGGGUAUUACACGACACCUAGUAGCCAAAGUAAAACCGAAGUGUUUGGCAAGAAAGGCGAUUUCAUUACAUCGCCCGAGAUCACGCAGGUUUUUGGAGAGUUGGUCGGAAUAUGGACGUUAACGGAAUGGAUGGCACAAGGGAGGCCGCAGAAUGGCGUCGAACUGAUAGAGGUUGGACCUGGGAAAGGAACCCUGAUGGGUGAUAUACUAAGAACGAUUGGCAAUUUUAAGAGCUUCUCAAACACUAUCGAGACUAUAUACCUCGUCGAAGCUAGUGCGCCCUUGCGAGAGGUCCAAAAAGGGGUAUUAUGUGAACCAGAUGCGGUUCUCGAAGAAAUUGAUAUUGGCUACCGGGCUAUUAACAAGCAUACCGGUGUGCCUAUCGUGUGGGUGGAAGAUAUACGGUUAUUGCCAUACAAUGACAAAACACCCUUCAUAUUCGCGCACGAGUUCUUCGACGCUCUUCCAAUCCACGCUUUUGAGUCCGUUCUACCCAGCCCCGAGUCUGAACAGAAACAACAGCAGCAACAGCAAAUCAUGACCCCAACAGGCCCGGUGGAACUGAAUCAACCCGGAAAGACCAAUAACAGCACCUCUUCUGGUCCACAAUGGCGCGAGUUGAUGGUCGCCUUGAACCACAAAUCAGUCAUCGAAGACGUGAAAGAUGAGCCGGAAUUCCAACUAUCGCGUGCCAAAAUAUCAACUCCAAACUCUCUCAUAUUACCCGAGAUUUCAAAGAGAUACAAAUAUCUCAAGUCCCAGGCCGGUUCUAUUAUUGAAGUCAGUCCCGAAAGUCGCAUAUAUGUCGCGGACUUUGCGCGCCGAAUUGGCGGCUUCAACAAUAGCACGUCGUCAGAACAAGCACUCAAGAAGAAACUUCCCAAUCGAAAACCGGGAGAAGUACCUCCCAAACCCUCGAAAAUAGAGAAUCAAAAGAAAAAGGCCCGUCCCUCGGGCGCCGCAUUAAUCUUAGAUUACGGCACAUCAUCCACCAUCCCCGUCAACUCCCUGCGUGGCAUUCGACAGCAUACGAACGUCUCGCCAUUCGCGUUCCCGGGACAGGCGGAUGUCAGUGCAGACGUGGACUUUACCGGUUUGGCUGAAGCUGCUAUUGAGGCUAGUGAGGGCGUUGAAGUGCAUGGGCCGGUCGAUCAGGCUGAUUUCUUGCAUUCGUUGGGCAUCGCUGAGCGUGGGGAGCAGCUGAUCAGCGCUCUUUCGGAUGCUGAUAAGGAGAAGCAAAGGAAUAUAGAAACUGGCUGGAAGCGGUUGGUAGACAAGGGUCCCAAUGGGAUGGGUAAGUUGUAUAAAGCUCUGGCUAUCGUUCCGGAGAACGGUGGCCGGAGACGGCCUGUCGGCUUUGGAGGUGGAGUGGUGGGAUAA